AUGUCGUCGUCGAUACCGCUGUCGGGCGCCGGCAAGCCGUCGCGCGCCGCCUCGGCCGUGGUCGCUAGGAAGGCGCAGGGGUUCCAGGUGUUCCGCAUCGACAGCUACUCGGUGACCACCGAGCUCAUCUCCGGCGGCGAGCGCAUCACCUCGGAGCCGUUCAUCGUCGGCGGCCGGUGCUGGCGCGUCGACUACUACCCGAACGGCACCGACGGCUCCAAGGACGACGACUCCGACGCCAUCGCCGUCUACCUCCGCCUCGAGGGCGCCGGCCACAUAAAGACGGAGCGCGUGCGGGCGGAUUACAAGUUCAGCCUGCUCGACCUCGCCGGCAACGCCGCGUACGAGCUCCCCAAGGAGACGGCCACCUUCACGGCAGUGGCGAAGUCAGAAAAAAAUUUAGGAGGGGCCGAGAAAAAAAAAUGCCACAACGACAUGGCACCACUACGACACCUCACGAAAGACAAAUAUAAUAGUUUGAAGUAG